UCAAGAGGAUUAUCCCACGUGGGGGUCAUGGGGGAGGUUGAUAAAAGGCUAUUUAUUGGUAACCUUUGUCAUGAUAUUUCACAGCAGGACCUCAAGGAAAAGUUUUCUCGCUUUGGUGUUGUACACAGUGUACAGAUUAAGACUCGCAAAAAUGAUACAGAUGCUGACAUGAAGACCUUUGCUUAUUUAAACUUGUGUGCAGAUGAAAAUGGUUUUAAAAAAUGUUUUUCUGCUUACAACAACACAUUAUGGAAAGGAAAACAUCUUAAACUGCAGUAUGCAAAGGAAAACUUUUUAAAUCGGCUAGAGGAGGAAAGAAAGAAGCAAGCUGAUGAGUCAUCUAAAAACGAUGGCAGCCAUCCCAGCAAGCAAGGGGCAGCAUCCAGUCCAGCAUCUGUAGAUCUGAGCAACAGAAAAGCUGUCCCAGGCAUACUUGUUGAUGAGCAUGGAAAAUGGGUAGUUGGCAAAUAUGGUCAAGUUUUGCCUGUCCUGCGUGUCAAAAACCCAAAGUCAGGAAAGAUUGUUACAUUGGACCCAUCAAAGACAACUCAUGCUGUCAAAAAAAUCAAGACAGACAUUUCUGAGAAUGACAGCAUGCAAACUGGGGACCUUUCGAAACUCACAUGGCACAUGGAUAUUGAAGAUUCAGAAAUCACAAAAAAACGAAAGGGAGAAUUCCCUAAAUGGGAAGAUCCAAAAAAACCACGGUCCCUUUAUUCUGCUACAGGUCGUAAGAAUAAUAAUGUUGAUAAGAGUUCAGCAGAAGAGGAAUUUGAGAUUGUUGGAACCUCAUGUAGAACAGGGCUAAGUUGGAAACAAGGUGAUAUUUCAGACGGAAAUGAUUCCGCGGGAUCAGCAGACACUGAUGAGAUCAUUUCACAGUCAUUUAGACAAAGCAAAAUACAACAGGCUUCUGGAAAAUCUACAAACAAGAAGCUUUUAAAGAAAGAUGACAAAAAGCACAGAAAGAACAAAUGUGAUGAAAAUGAUGCAGGCCCCAUCAACUGUGACAUUGGUACCAUACAGAUUAGAGAGACAAGUCCACUUGGGAGGUAUGAGUCUAGCAGACCAGCGCAACAUACAAAAACAGUUGCUUCUACUCUCAGAGAUGGAGUUGAUGAACCAGUACAGACACAACAGUCCACGAACCAGAUUUUAGUGAAAGAACCUAGGGGAAGGAAACAAAGAAAUCUUGUGAAAACCCCCGAGUUUAGAGGACUUGGUAUGUUGUCAGACAGUGAGGAAACUGAUUCCUUGAUCCCAGUAAAAGAUGGUGACAUGAAGACAAAGAAACAAACAUCUCAAAAAACUGUGUCACACAGAUUUCAGACUAGUAGCAAGAAUUCACCAGGAGGAAUUGAUGCAGACCUGGGAACAGACCCUGUGUCUGUUAAAGAAGACAAGUUCAGUCAGGUUGUCUUUAAUUCUCCAGAAUGCCAGUUUCCACGAACUCAGGAAACAAAGACUAAAAUCAAACCACUUAACCCAGAAACUUCAAGCAAAGAAUUUCAGAAUACAGAUAAUAAAUUUGAUUCAGAUGCUUCUCACAGCGAUGGUACAGAUGACAUUCUGCCUACAUCAACCAACCUUAAAAGAAUCAUCACUAAAAAUGCCUCUGGAAAGAAAUUCGUUGGUGAAGAACAGGUGUCCUUGAAUGAAUAUAGAGAUGGUUUCACAUCCGCACUGGAGUCAGUAGAAGAGCCUUUCAAAAGAUCAGGGUCUGGUCAUCUUGACAGUGAUGAUAGUGAUCUAGACAGCAAUGACUUUGAGCUUGUAGCCAAAAAAAUGGCUGAAAUAGUCUAUAGGCAGCAGAAGUCGAGUGAAAUCUCACCAAAGAAAAGGCAAAAGUCUGCUGGUUUCUCCUCAAUACACUCAGUAAAAAGCCACAACAGUUUACUUGAGAAACAAAAUGCUUCUAAGAAAGGUUCGCUUGAACUUGCACCUGCUGUUAGUAUUAUCAAUCAGAAAACCCCAUUAUUCUCUUCUAGCACUGACAAGAAUAAUUCAACAGCUUUCACUGAAAGUCAUUGUGGAAGAGCCCAGGAAGUUGACAACCAGAGGAGAGUGGAAGGGAUAAAAAACCGGAUGAACGAAAAAAGCAAACAACAAAAUAUCAUCAGAAAGGCUUUGCAGAAUAUGGACAAGCCUGCCUCAAAGAAGUUUUCUGAUUCAGAUGAAGAAGAGGCUACUCUAUCUCCUGUUAAGAAAACCUUUCAAGAACAGAAGCUGAAGCACCUUUUUUCGUCAGAUGAGACAAGCGAUGAGGACAACGAUGCUGACUAUGUCUUUCGUAUAAGACCACAGUACGAAGGAAAGAGUGGCAAAGAGCUCAUGGCCCUAGAGUCUAGAUAUGGAGGAGACAAUCGCUUCAAACUGACUGAGAGCUUUAUGGAUAUCCCAGAGGCCAGUGACAAAGGAGCAGCGGAAGUUGAUGAAGAAGCAGAAUUAAAGGAAAAGGAGAAAGCGACAUCCUUCAAAAUUUUAGAACAGGUUCUGGGCCACAAAGUAAAAAGAAGAAAUCCAAAGGAUAAGGUUUUUGUAGACAUGAAUACUGUGCGAUACAUCCCAGGCACAGAGAAUUCCAAACACUUGGAAGUGAAGGAGGUUAAUAAAGAGAAACAAAACUUGAAAAAGAAAGAAUCAAAAGAAAAAGAAAAUUGCUGUUCAGCAAACCAAAAUGAGGAUGUUGCAAAAAUUCAAACAGAAACACAGGCAAGUGAAGAUCAGAAGGCACAAUUUUUUGAAGUGGCUGAAGACCUAAAGGAGAUGAUAGAUCAUUCAACCUUUAAACUCAGCCAAAUUUGGGAAAACAAACCUUUGAACGAUGAUGGAAGUGAAGACAGUGCAGAUGAGGAAAGACCUUCACCCACCAGUGCAGAUGAGAAAAAAGCUUCACCCACCAGUGCAGAUGAGGAGAGACCUUCACCCCCUAGUGCAGUGACUAGGUUAACAGCUUUGAGUGAAACAUUUGCUGCCCAAGAUACAUUUUUCUUUGACUUCAGUGAUCCACGACUGGAAGCGGGCGUGAAAUUCUUCCAAUGUCACAAUUAUGAAGAGACUGUGGACAAGUGGACUCAGCAAAGGCCUUAUCUAAUAGAGUUAUACAAGCAACGGCACAAGCGCUUCCUGCGAAGGGCAAGCAAAGAUAAAAGACUGACAAAGCGUACAGGAAAAAAAUAGCUGGCUGUUAUGAAUGUGAAAGUGAACUGUUCAAUAAAUCUAUCAGAAUAUUAAUAAUGGCCUUUUUUGUCAGCUUGUUGAUUAAAUGGACAAUGCCUUUCAUGUAUAUAAAAAUCAAACUGUAAUGAGUUGUGGUAGGUUGUGUCUUGUGUGCAUCAUUUGUUCCGCGUCACUUGAAGCAGAAAAAGAUGUCAUAUAUGAGAGAAGAAUUGCUCUAAAAAUGGCCAAGUGAGCGGGAAAACAAUGGUCUUCAUCCGCCAUUUUCUUUAAUACUGUCUCAGUGACAUUCCUCUGAACUUGUGCCUCUUCAAUUCACCUACAAAUCUCUUCCUCAUCGUCAUCUGCGGGGGCUCAUCGAGCGUUGCAAUACAUUAUGCAUAUGCAAGGGUACGUUCGUUCUAUAAAAGACUGACAAAGCGUGAAGGAAAAAAAUAGCUGGUUGUUAUGAAUGUGAAAGUGGGAAAGUGAACUGUUUAAUAAAUCCAUUAGAAUAU